GGAGACGGGACCUAAUUUUAACCCAAUACCGUGUUUUAUUUCUCCUGUCCGGCAGAUGACGCCAUUGAAUCUUCAGCGCUGUUAGGGAAUGAGGGCGAGAGAGAAGAGAAGGAGGGAAAGCGUGAGAGGAGAACGGUGGGUCGAAGCGAGUCGGCGCUUGGCAGCCGAAUGCUGUCCGUUGCGGUGCUAGCCUAGCAUCGUCACGGCUUCCAAGAUGCCUCCAGCGGGUGAUGCAGUCUGUUGAGACCAAUUCCCAAGCUGUACAUGUUGAUCUAAGUAGAAACCCGUCGGCUUGAACCCGGUGGCAGAAAUGGCCGGGAUUAUUAAAAAGCAAAUUCUGAAACAUUUGUCAAGGUUCACCAAGAAUCUGUCCCCGGACAAGAUCAAUCUGAGUACCUUGAAGGGGGAGGGGCAGUUGUCCAACCUUGAGCUGGAUGAAGAGGUUCUGCAGAACAUGCUCGACCUGCCUACCUGGCUGGCCGUCACGCGCGUCUACUGCAACAAAGCCGCCAUCAGGAUACAAUGGACCAAGUUAAAAACAAGCCCCAUCUGCCUGUUCCUAGAUAAGGUGGAGGUAGAAAUGAGGACAUGUGAGGAGCCACGUCCUCCCAAUGGCCCCUCUCCUAUCGCCAUCACAGCAGGCCAGAGCGAGUACGGAUUUGCGGAGAAAGUGGUGGAGGGCAUGUCUGUUAGAAUCAACUCCAUCACCAUCAAAGUGCAGGCUCAGGCCUUCCAUGCCUCUUUCGAGCUGUGGCAGUUGCAGGGCAACAGCCUCAACCCAAAGUGGCAGCACGGCGACCUCCGUUCCACCCGCAUCACAGACCCAACAAGAGGAGAGGUGUUGACGUUCAAGGAAAUUAAUUGGCAGACUUUGCGCAUCGAGGCAGACGCCAUCGAGAGUGAUGACCAGGAUUUGGGGAGCACCCCGUUACGCCUCAUCACUAACCAAGGACGCAUUCGCAUCGCUCUAAAACGCAGAAUAAAAGACUGCAAUGUGUUGGCCUCGAAGCUGCUUUUUAUUCUGGAUGACUUGUUGUGGGUGCUGACCGACUCUCAGCUCAAAGCCAUCAUCCGCUAUGCCAAGUCCCUCAGUGAGGCUAUGGAGAAAUCGGCUCAGCAGAGGAAGACCAUGACUGCAGAGUCCCUGCAGACUGCUCCUCCAUCACCUGGGCUUCACAAUCUUUGGACAGAGUUAACGUCCCCUCCAACUGGCUCCUCAAACAACAUGAGUCAAUAUUUUGAUCGCUUUGACGUGAAAGAAUCUUCUUACCACACUUUCAUUUCCCGCUUAGACCUACAUGUAUGCAAUGACAGUUCGUCAAUGGCUGAAGAUGUAGAAGAACCGCCAGGUGUGCAAGGCGCAAUGCAGCUGACCUUCAGAAAGUUGGGCUUUGACUACUAUCCUGUUCACAGACCUGCUGAUGGAUGUCGACACUGGGAACGCUACAGUCGAGCCAUGGAAGCGCAGGCCCACUGGGCAGGGAAACUGCUGCACGAGUACCAGAGGAGAGUCGAGUCGUCAGGGUUUCCCAGUCCGCAGACGGAGAUGCGCGAGCCGCGGAAUGAUUCACCUGCAAGGGGAACUCAUGACGGCGCAACUAGUCCAAAGUCAAACCUCUCUGACAAAGAACCAGCAGCCAGAAACAACUGCUGUAUAAGUCCUUCAAACGUAACACUGAAGAGGUUGCGGUCAAGCUGUAUGGUGGUCCGGAUGGAUGAUGUUGACAUUCACCAGGUGUAUACAAAGAGCCGCCAAAAGAAGAAAAACCAGCCUUUGUUGUCAUGUAAUCGUAAAGCUUUGCAUCUGCCGGAUAAUAUUCCAGCAGUUCAUCUCCAAUUUACUGAAUACUACUUUCCGAACAAUCCCAGUUUCUCAGUGCCAACCUCAAAUCUGUACGCCCAGGUAAACGGCCUCCAGCUGUGUGUUGACCCAGAAAGCGUCUUGUGGAUUAACUUGUUUUCAAGAGGACUGCUUCACACACUGGACCAGGUCAAAGCUUUUUACCAUUUGCAAGAUGGCAGCAAAGCAGAUGAGCAUGUUGACGUCCGAAUGGAUGCCACCCAACUCAAGGUGAUGAUUCCGCUUGAUUCUUCUAUUUUGGACCAUCCAGAGCGUCCUCAGUCCCUUUUUGUGACUGUACCUCAGAUGGCGUUCAGCAACACUCGCCAUUGCCCCCAUGGCUCCAGAGGUGACCUCGGCAAUACCUGCGACACCUUCGCAAGCUGUUCUUUUUUCCAGCCUAAGCCACCCUGUCCUUACCCCAGAGACCGCAGUGCCUUCUGCGGUAUACCGUCCGUCUUCUUCCAGCACUCUCAAGAGACUCUUUCACCGACUGUUACAAAACAAUUACGAUUCCAAGAUGUUUGGUCACUAAGCUUGUCACGUGUUGCGCUAGGUUUUGAUGGAACUCGAAGACUCCCCAAAGGCAAAACACUCCCUUUUGUGGAACCCUUUGCUAUGUCUAUAUGGAUUUGUCAGCCUGCUGCCUGGUUCAGGGGUUCAUCAUAUUCCCCCACCAGCCCUAAUCAGAACCCAUCAGAACAACUUCUGCACAAAGAUCCUUCACUUGCCUGUGUCCAUGUCAUGGGCCAUGUGAUCACUCCAGUCAAGAUGUGGCUUAACCACUACCAGUAUGUGGCCUUGUUGAGAAUGAAGGAUUCCUUGGCACGUUUGGGGGUGGAAUUAAGUCAGGAUCUAAAGGACAUUAAGCAGAGUUGUGACACAAAGUCAGAACCCGCUACAGUUUGUUUUGCCCUGCUGUUGGACUCUGUGGAAGUGGGUCUUCUCUUACCACCAGCUGGCACAGAGCCUGAGGAGGAGGUCCCCCAUAACCUGGAGACUGACAGUCCCAGUCUUACAGACUCUGACAUCUCCCCAUCUCAUCACGGUACAGAUUUGAUCCCUGGGGGCAACACGUUAGAGAACGGCGUGUCUUCCCUCGGCACAGCCCACACUGGAUUUGAUCAGGAUGAGCAAGAUGGUAUGGUGGAGGAGGCAUGUGAGGCUGUCGAAGGACUGGAAGGUGACGUGCUGACCAUCCUAGAGGACAUCCCAGUUCCAUCACCCCAGCUUUCACCUGUAAACUCCCCUGUCAUCUCCCGAGAGUCUUCCACCUUCAGCCUGGAUGGGGAAAUAACAAGCGCUGUCAAUGUCACUAAAGAUGUGACCAAAGAUGCCAUCAGCGCCUCACUGGACCUAACUAAAGGCGCAUUUUCAAUAACGAGGGAUGCCUUUAACAUAUUGAGUCGUGGGUCUGGGAUGAGCAAACUGUUCAAUCCACACACAAAGGAACAAGUCCAACAUCCAGAAGAGUCCUCCCCCUCCCUAGUGGCUACCCUACGGCAUCAAAUGAUGAAGCAUUCGCCUUCCCAACAUUCCUUCGACAGCGCCAUUUUGGAUGGCAGUCUGCCUGAUGAAAGCCUCUCUGUGGGGAGUGACGUCAGCGACAACUUUGCUGUUCUCAUGGAAUCAGAGUCAUGUGUAGAUUCUGCACGGCUCGGUGUCAACCCUUCAGGGAGCCGAGGCAGCCCUGCCCUUGGCACAGAGGGAGGGUCAUCAGCUGAGCUCAGCAGCUCUUUGUCAUUCAGUAUAGAGGAUGCAUCUGCAGAUAUGUCCUCAGUGUUAUUACUAAUUCUGAAUGGAACAUGCUGCACGAUGGAAAUAAGGGGAGAGGAUCAAGUUAUUGCUCUUGAAGCCCAGAAUCUAAGCUUGGUACAGAUGGGCAACGUCAGGGUUUUUGACCUGCUAGCUGGUCUCAUUCAAGCUCCUUCCCACAAGCAGAAUGGACACGGUGUCAGAGCGGCUCCUGCUGUGUGUAUGCGAGCAGAAAUGGGUCCAUGUGCGGCCCGACACAAUGAAACGACCGAGUUUUUGGGUCUGCUGGAUGUAAGAGUGCAAGACUGUCAAGUCGAGCUGUUAACAUCCACCGUUGCCAACAUUGGGCCUUUUCUGGAGGACGAGUUCAGUGUUGAUGGGCAGCCAAUGAAUGUACACUUGAACAAUGUAACCAUUACUAUAAAGGAUGAUAGCCCAAGAGUUUAUCCCACAGCUCCUCAGCCAACCUCAGCCACAUUUGUUAUUGAUCAGCUCCUUCUUGAGCGCAGCGACGAUGGCAUCAUGAGGCUUAAAGCUGAGGUUCUGAACGGUCUAAACCAUUCCUGCUCGCUUCAAAACCAGCACGAGAGGCAAACCCUGGACUCCAAGCUUUCUGAUGCGCAGAUUGCCCUCACACAGGCCCUCUGUGACCGAGAACGCCUCCUUCUGGAGAUCAAAAAGUAUGAUCCCGAGUUCACGCUCUGAGCCUUUUGGACUUUGAUCCCUCUUGCGGGGAUCACUGCUCCUGCGGAAGAACACUGGCAGAAGCCAGCGUCACCCCUUCCGAGCACAUCUGGACAGUCUAGAUCAUUACAUGAUGACGACUUAUAUGGACUAUGACAUAUUUUUUGACUCAGUAUAUUUGAAAUAAAACUCCCGUUCUUCUUUUCCUUUCGGCUUGUCCCGUUAGGGGUCGCCACAGCGUGCCAUCUUUUUCCAUCUAAGCCUAUCUCGUACAUAUUCCUCUCUAACACUCACAGUCUUCAUGGCCUCUCUCACAGCAUCCAUCCUGGCAGCUCCAUCCUCAGCACGCUUCUACCAACAUACUCACUCUCUCGCCUCUGAACAUGUCCAAACCACCGAAGUCUGCUCUCUUGGACUUUUGUCUCCAAAACAUCCAACUUUGGCCGUCCCUCCAAUGAGCUCAUUUCUAAACCUUUCCAGCCCGUUCACACCGAGCGAGAACCUCAACAUCUUCAUUUCUCCCACCUCCAGUUCUGCUUCCUGUUGUCUCUUCAGUGCCACCGUCUCCAAUCCGUACAUCAUGGCCGGCCUUACCACUGUUUUAUAAACUUUGCCCUUCAUCCUGACGUAUACUCUUCUGUCACAUAGCACGUUCCGUCAACUGUUCCAUCCCACUGUUACGAUUCAAAUAUUGACUUUCAGCUUUCAUUUAAAGUAUUUUAAAAUUGUCACGAGGGUCUUUUAGGAAUUACAGCCAUUUUGCGAACUUCAUGUAAAUUAUAAAAGGCUCAACAAAAGAAUUUAGAUCAGGGGUGUCAAACUCCUUUUUAGCGCGGGCCACAUUGUGUUUACGGUUUCUGUCAAAGGGCCAUUAUGACUGUGAAACCAUCAAAAGCUUGAAUUGACCCAUCAUAUCAACACAUGAAAUUUAGGAACUAGUUCCGGAAUCAGAAAUCAAGGGUAAUGGGCUUUUCAACGAUUGUUGACAUUUGGAAACACAAAAAAAUGCUUGCAAUCUCUCGUCAUCGUUUGUGAAAUGACAAUUGGAGAUUUUGGUACAGAUUCAAACAAAAAUCAUGGACACGUGAUUUGCCUCCGCGGGCGCCAUAAAAUUCUGCUGCAGGCCGGAUCUGGCCCCCUGGCCUUGAGUUUGACACCUGUGGAUUUAGAUGAUUGACCUACAAGGGCGCCACGGUGGCGGAACUGUAAAGCGUUGGACAGUUCUGACGACCCAGGUUCAAUCCCGGCCCCGCCUGUGUGGAGUUUGCAUGUUCUCCCCGUGCCUGUGUGGGUUUCCUCCGGGCACUCCGGUUUCCUCCCACAUCCCCAAAAACAUGAGACAUUAAUUGUAUGCUCUAAAUUGCCCCUAGGUGUGAUUGUGAGCGCGGCUGUUGUCUGUCUCCAUGCGCCCUGCGAUUUGGCUGGCAACCGGUUGAGGGUGUACCCCGCCUCCUGCCCGAUGGCAGCUGGGAUUGGCUCCAGCACUCCCUUGUGAGGAGAAGUGGCUCAGAAAAUGGAUGGAUCUCCAUGGAGUGAGAUGUUCCCUCCUUUCCUUAGGCCAAAAAAAAAUACUAAUAAUAGAGUAUACACUUUGAUUACAUUGCCUGACUGAUUAAUUUCAAAUCCAUUGUGGCAAUCAAACUGAGGCACAUUUUGAAUGCGUCACCGUUCUAAUACUUCCAGCUCAAGCCAAGUACAUUACUGGCUGUGCUCUAAUCCUACAGUGAAUCGUGUUUUUUCUUGCCCCAUUAGCAUGGACAGUCGACUUGUUGUGCGGUUUUAGGAUUUGUCACGCUAGUUUUACAUGUCAGACUUUCAAUUUUUUACACAUUAUAAAUUUAUGAUACGGCUACUGAACGGGUCAACCCAUUCGUGGGCAGUGUCCCAUUUUUGGGACAUCGUGAUUUUCACGCAUUAUAUCCUUCAGUAUAUAAAAAUUUUUAAGUGUUUUAAUCUGAAGCCGUAAUUUGGUAUCAGGAGAGGAUAACUCCUCACUCAAAGGUAGGAUGGUGUUAUUUCCCUUUUUGUCCCAGCCCAACAUGGCUCCAUCAAGUUAUCAUAUAACUGAACCAUAAAUGAAAAAGUGUUAUUUACUUGAUUGUGGCCUGUUAGAAUCUGACUUUUAUCUUAAUAAGGCAAAAAAUUGCCACCCUGCCUAUGAAUGGGUUAAGGUUGAUCACGUGUCAAAUGUGCACCGAGUGCACGACUUUGUAUUGUAGAUUGGGACUCAAUAUACCUCCACGUAUGAAAUUAUGUAGCAUAGUCGUCAAAACAUUGAACACAUUGUGAAAUGUGGUGUGUUUGUGUGCGUCCACAUACUGUACGUGUAUGUACAGUAUAAAAAAUUGGCAUAUGCAAGUCAGAGUUCACCUUGUUGCCAUCAUAUCAGUUUUCAUUUUUUUUUUGUCCAUGCAGUGUUAAGGUUAUGAAAUAUAUUGGGUUUAGAAUUUAGCGCCUUUACAGUGGCUCUGUUGUUACUUGCCAGGAAACGAGCUGAUCAUGUUCGUUAGCAGGGGACACUGAGCAUAAGAUGAUCUAGCAUUUUAUGGCUCGCUAUUAUUGUACAGUAUUUUGGAACCAUAUUCCAAAAUCUUUGUGGUACUAAUUAUGCAUGCUCAUGCUGUGACACGUGAAGCACUUUUUCGGAACAUUUAAUAUUACUGUGAAACAGAAUUGACAGACCAAAUCCUUGCAUUUUUUUUUUCUGUUUAAUGCAGAAUAACAACGUAGCCACUCAUCACAACUGUACAAUAUGACAUUCAUUAUUUGAAUGUUUUUAAAUGUUGAUAAUUCUAUAUUGUCAUGUGGUGUGCUAUUUUGUCUUGAGAGGGAAUGAAUUGACAAUACUGACCUCUGAGGUCACGUCUCGCGUGUACGAGGCAAAAUUCUUUGUGGUUAAAACUCACCAAUGCACUCAUGUCAAUGUUACUUUGUUGCCUUCCAAGCAGAUGAGAUGGGAACUAUUACAUAUUUUAAGCAAUAUUGUUGCUCAUCAACCAAAAACAAGAAAAAGAACAGGCGUGGACCGCAUACUGAAGAAAAUAAGUAUUUGAACACCCUGCUAUAUUGGAAGUUCUCCCGCUUAGAAAUCAUGGAGGGGUCUGAAAUUUUCAUCGUAGGUGCAUGUCCGCUGUCAGAGAGAUAAUCGAAAAAGAAAAAUCCAGAAGUCAAAACGUUUUUUUUUUUUUUUUUUUUUCAACAAUUUGUGUGAUACACUGCAAAUAAGUAUUGUAACACCUGAGAAAACCAACGUUAAUAUUUGGUACAGUAGCCUUUGUUUGCAAGUACAGAGGUCAAACGUUUCCUGUAGUUGUUCACCAUGUUUGCACAUAUUGCAGGAGGGAUUUUGGCCCACUCCUCCACACAGAUCUUCUCCAGAUCAGGUUUCUGGGCUGUCGCUGAGAACCACAGAGUUUCAGCUCCUUCCAGAGGUUUUCUAUUGGGUUUAGGUCUGGAGAUUGGCUAGGCCAUGGCAGAACAUUGAUAUGCUUCUUACGGAGCCACUCCUUGGUUUUCCUGGCUGUGUGCUUCAGGUCAUUGUCAUGUUGAGAGACCCAGCUACGACCCAUCUUCGAUUUUCUGACUGAGGGAAAGAGGUUGUUCCCCAAAAUCUCACAAUACAUGCCCGUGGUCAUCCUCUCCUUAAAACAGUGCAGUCGUCCUGUCCCACGUACAGAAAAACACCCCCAAAGCAUCAUGCUACCACCCCCAUGGUUCACAGUAGGGAUGGUGUUCUUGGGAUGGAACUCCUCAUUCGUCUUCCUCCGAACACGGUUAGUGAAUAAUGACCAAAAAGUUCCAUUUUGGUCUCCUCUGACAAAAAAACUUUCUCCCAUGACUCCUCUGUAUCCUCCAAAUGGUCAAUGGCAAAUUUAAGACGGGCCUUGACAUGUGCUGGUUUAAGCAGGGGAACCUUCCGUGCCAUGCGUGAUUUCAAACAAUGACGUCUUAGUGUAUUACCAACACUUAGGUCAUUGACCGAGUCCUAUCGUGCUGUCCUGGGCUGAUUCCUCACCUUUCUAAGGAUCAUUGAGACCACACGAGGUGAUAUCUUGCAUGGGGCUCCUCUCCGACUGAGAUUGACUGUCAUGUUUAGCUUCUUUCAUUUUCUAGUGAUUGCUCCAACAGUGGACCUUUUUUCACCAAGCUGCUUGGCAAUUUCUCCCCAGCCCUUUCCAGCCGUGUGGAGUUGUACAAUUGUCUCCCGGUGUCUUUGGACAGCUCUUUAGUCUUGGCCUUGUUACAAGUUUGAGUCUUACCGAUUGCACGGGGUGGACAGGUGUCUUUAUGCAGCGAACGACCUCACACAGGUCCAUCCGAUCCAGGAUAAUACAUGGAGUGGAGGUGGACUUUUAAAGGCAGUCUAACAGGUCUUUGAGGGUCAGAAUUCUAGCUGAUAGGUGUUCAAAUACUUAUUUGCAGCUGUAUCGCACAAAAAAAAAUGUUUAAAAAUCAUACAUUGUGAUUUCUGGAUUUUUCUUUUUAGAUUCUCUCUGAGUGGACAUGCACCUACGAUGAAAAUUUCAGAACCCUCCGUGAGUUCUAAGUGGGAGAACUUGCAAUACAGCAGGGUGUUCAAAUACUUAUUUUCCUCACUGUAGUCUUGUAUUUGUGAUUAAAUCAAGUGUGACAGCACCCGCUGUCAAUGUUGCGGAGCAGGAAAUCCAGCGCUGAGUUUGUCACAUCUUUGCCCUCAAAAGCAAGUGUGUGAUGCACAAACUGGUUGGCCACUAAAAAAAAGUGUGUGAAUUUUUCCUCUCUAAUGCAUGAACUGAAGUGUUGUCGUUUUAUUUGGACUUGUGUGAGUAACAUCACUGGGAUUUUCACUCAUUUUUACAUAAAUGAGAAAGGUGGCAUGUGAGCCAUCGAUUCAAGAGUUUUGAACCCCGUGGACG